AUGUCUGGCUUGCCUGAAUCAUCCCGUCUGUCGACCACGGAAUCUAUAUAUCUACUUCAUCACGUUUUUCUGCCCCCAAAGCUGCCACAGGAAGAUGAUUAUAACGCUGCACAUGAAACCCUCCUGCUCGAUAGCGUUAUUGACGCCCUUGAUCGGUUUCAGGAUCAUUGUCAGGGGCAGGAAAGUGAAGUUGUUGUCAGUGUCAAAGUAAUGCUCACUCGCUUGAGAGGGAUGCGCGACUGUGAUGGGGACGUGAAUCACGUCGAGCUUAGAAAAGCUUUAGGAGAGCUGGAAAAUUCGGGAGGUGCUCUACCGGUGCAUGUUCGCUGCCAGAAUGCUGCGGUCUUAAUGACCAGGCACAGCGAUUCAAUCCAUGUCGAGACCUUUGAACUGUGGCCUCGGAACCAGGCCGUCAACACCACGGUGGGUCGACUGCAACGCCAAUUUCCUGGGCCAACCUUUGCUUUGAAUCGAGCCAUCUUCAAUGAGCCAAAUAUGCAGAACACAAUUGCGCACGCCCUUGAGAGCAUGAGUCGUCAGCCUGCCCCGGGGACCAAGCCAAAAGUGAAGAAGGCGCGGCAUAAACACGACGAGGAUCGGGAUACAACCAAUCCAAUGAUGGUGACAGAGCUGUUCACAACAUUCCUUCGUCCACAAUGCAGAACUGUGGACAGUUUGCAGGUUCGUAAAAACACACGGGAAGAAGUCCUGUGGCUCGACACUCUGCAUCCUUGGAGACGUUCCGCCCUCUGGCUCCAGGUUCGAGUCACGACCCAAGUGUUCAUUCGGAGACUCUGCCAGCGAGAAGGAAUCUCAGUUGACCUUUACAAAGUAUUCAUGGUUUUUUACAUGAGUUCCAUUCUCCGCCGCUGUCCCAAGAGCAUAAGCAGUGAAUACCGGUAUAUCAUGAUUUCCAAAAUUGUGCGCCGACUAAGCAAGCUUGAUCUGCCGGAUAAUCCCAAUUGGCUCCUGUUUGUCCAGUGUGCCCUUCGAGAAGCGAAUGGCGUCCUCGAACAAAACUGGAGCCGUAUCAUCGCUCGUAACGCCUGCCCACCUGAUAUGUCCGCUUUGACCCGACUCAGCUUUAAAGAUGACACUGAUUGCUCACUGCCCAAUCUUGAUGAGUGGCUUCAGAGCAUCACAGUCCGUCAGCACUCCUCAGUGCCGCCAGAUUCCCACCCACGGUCUGGAUUCUUGGAAUUUGAACCGGCAGAGCUUCCAUCGCUCCUCCAAUUGACUGACCCCGACUAUCACGUCUACAAUCUAGCUGCUUUCGAAGCGUGGGUUGAUUUGAAUCUUCAGUCCUGGCUUGAGACACACAUCGGCUAUGAAGACACCUGCGAACGGCUAAGCAGUUUAGUCAAUGCAUAUCAUACUAUUGCAUCCGAGUCGUACGCCUCCAACCCCGAGGCGUUGUCUGCCAUGCUUCUUACCGUCCUGGAGCUCUGGAUAGCUUGUGACAAGUCCGCCGUCCAUCAUCAUCCGCUGCUUCGCCAUCAUAAUCCUUGUAUCCCGAUACAUCUAUUCCAGUCUCUCCUCUUACCUCGGCGGUUCCAGCUUACCAGGUUGGCAAAUGCGGAACUCUACAUGCGCCAACGUCACCAGGACCUCCAAUACCCCGAUUCCAAUGUUCUGACCGAUUUUGGAACCUCAUCCUCCUUUUCUGUGCGCUACUUCAAUCACUCCGCUGAACACCAACUCCUACUCGACACUAUUGAACAUAAAGCUAGAUCUGAGAAGGCCGCAAAAGUGGUGGAGUUGCACCGCAAGCAUCAGCAAUACAGGGACUAUUGUGCUCGGCGGGAUGAGAUUGCUUGCACUUUCUACGACGAGAUAGUCGACAGGCGGUUUUUCUUUACAGAGCGCCGCCAUAGCCCUUCGUGCAAGAGAUGCGGGUUUGACGAGGCUGCGAGAGAGAUCGCAAUUGAUGUGUAUGAAUGGCCUUUAUCUUCCGAUCCUUUGGAGGCCAAAUCUACGGUCUUUGAGUUAAACCUGCCCAGACCGUUUGCAUUCUGGCGUGAUCUCACUGCUUUCAUCUUGCUUGAUGUACUGGGAGUCAAAUAUGUCUCGGAAGAACCGCCUAGAGCCGAGUACCGACCAAGCACCUAUAGCGGGCUCUCUAUGUUCUACACCGCGGUCGUUGAUCACCCAAGGAUCGGCCUUCUUUCCCAAAUUAAACCCCACCGAGCAACACACAGGCGGAAAAAACACAUUAUCAAUGUAUCAGAGAGCGACGUUUGUCUCGCGAACGGGCUGCGUUUCAGAUACUUCGACAAUGCCCUCCGCUGCUUUACUGAAGACCUGGGCCAAACACAUGCAAUGGCGACCGCAUGCACUUACAAGUUACCGCCAUCCAGCUCGUCUCUGCAGCCAUUUCUCUUCCGCCCGGCAGAGACACCGGACGGUCCAUCGCCCAAUACGGUCAUUGCAUCGCAGCAUGCCUGCCCCGAAAACAUGUCACUGGGUGAGUACAAGGCGCUCUGCUCAAUGCCAUUGGGCGUCCAUAUCCAGUGGCAGAACAUCCUGCGGCAGCUCGCUGCACCCUCCGUGGUCUUUAAUAAGGUCGAAACGUGCUUUUUCACCCUGCAGAUCAUACACCAGGCAGGGCCGCCAUCGCCCAUGAAUUCGACCCUGAGAGAAGGCCAUCAUGUUUUGAACGACAAAAGGUUUGCAGCUCCUCUGCUGCGAGAGAUCGAGAAGGCAGCAGCGGCCAUCGAACACAACUGGCAAUCCGCCGAGGAGUUGAGCGUGCUGAUCGCCCUCACCCAAAAAGUGCUGGCCUGCUCCCCAUCGGUUCAGAUUCAGGAGGAAUGCAUGGCCCAGCUGGAUGGCCUCCGGAAGAUUGCUUUCCAAUGGGUGACGACCAUUGGGGAGGAGGCCGGUUCCACGGACAGCUAUGAGCACAGGAACGAUCUGAUGGCCUCCGCCGCUUACCUCGCGCUGAUGUGCGUGGGCACUUUCGACUGCGAGAACAGCCACUUGGAGCGCAUACUCCGGAACGAUCUGCAUGCCUCCGUUUUCAUCCAAUGCAAUAUGAUCAUUCAUGACCGAAAGAGCCUCCUGGACGGAGUAUCCAGUUGUUUACUUCCAAUUUUCUACUAUCGGUGGCAGAACACAGCCUUUCGGGGAUACCGUAUCUUGGCAGACAACACUGUCCAGGGCUGCUCGACCGCACUCGACCGAGCGAUCCAGCGGACCUGGGCCGCGUACCGACCGGGAUCUCCCUGGACAGCGGCCCCAAGUGGCAGUCUAGGUUGCCUGAACACCCAAAUGAUGGUUGAACGCGGCAGUAAUAGCGGUGUCGUGGUGCGCUUCAACCUUCUCACUGGUCAGCUGCUCAUCAAUGGUCGUCCACUGGCGCGGUUGCCCUCGAGUUUCGAGCGCCACGACACAUAUCGAUCCCUGUUUGGGCAUUCUCUGGUUGAAGUGAUGCCUAGCGAUCUUCCAGGCUUGGAAUUCUCCGCCCAGAGACUGCACAUGGGUCAGACGAUCUACUUGGGGAGAUUACCCAUCCCCAAGCAGAGUGGAUUCGAUCUACGCAUUCGAGCCGUGGAUGGGAGUAGAGUCUGGGAGUUUGUACCCCCGAGGCUCCUCGCGGAUGCUUUGCCGGAUGCCUUCGUGGAGGGAUACGCCCAUUGGUACGAGACCGAUUGCCAAUUCAUCGAGUUUCGUCCUCUCCAUGAGCCAUGGAAGUCAUCACCGGCCUCUCACUGGCGAUUGCAGCGGACCCAGCCGGGAAACAACUGGCAGCUCACCCAGGGCAAGAUUUCAUUGAUCAAUAUGCGGAGCCCGACGGCGAGAUCCUUGUCUGAUAUCUUCCAACCCGUCGAGAAGGCCUCCAAGCUGCACUACAAACUCCACCGUGGGUCUGACAUGGUGGAGAUUGAGAUCCCCCGCCUCCGGCUGGGCUUUGACCUGCGAUCCGGUCAGUCCUCAAUUGAGUCUCGCCAGUACCGGGGGAUGGUCGUCGAUCCUGAUCAGUCGGUGGGAACCCUGGUCGGCCUGCGUAACAAGCUCGUUUUGCUGGACUGGAACACACACCACCGGAGGGUUCUGAUCCCAGAAGGUCAGAUAACAUGGGAGCAAGGCGGUGGCCAUGUCGCCGUCGAGCGGUGUCAGCGUGACGUGCUUUUGGGGAACGCACACCCGCACACCCGCACACCAUUACCAGGGAAGAGAUGGCUGAUGGGCUGUCAGCGGGCCGUCGGCAUUCUAGCUCGAGUGACCAUGAUCGUGUCCAGCUUGAUCACCAUUCGGACUUUACGGAAAGGGACAGGAUAAGAGAUGGGAAAUGUCAUCGCGACGCACCUCACAGAAGCUAGUCAACCUGGAU